AAAUCAUCGUCACCGACAUUUCGCUAGCUUCUCGACCUUCCUCGUAAAGCCCUCGACUCUUCACACAAACUUCCGCGGGCGGGCUUCAGCUUUAUCGAGCGAUGCCCGCCCCGCAGCCCUGCCCUGGCUGUGGUUGUGAGAUUGACAGCGGCCUGCUGUGGUUCGCGGGUCCGGGUCUGGCACGCAUCUGCUGCAACAAGCGAUGCGCCUCCCGGGCUCAAAAGCGGCACGAGGCGCUGGCCACCGGCAAGGCCCGGGGGCGCAAGAGCAUGCCCCUGCUCCCGAUCGCGGAUGACCCCGUGGAGGCUGAGCGCGGCUGGUCGUCUCUGAACCAGGACGUGAUGGCGCAGGUGGCGGCGCGGCUGGGCCUCCGGGACUGCCUGGCCGCCGCGCUCACCUGCAAGCACUGGCGCGCGCACAUCACCAGGGGCGCGCCGCACACCUCGAUUUCCAUUGACGACGUUCGCACCAGCGGCCCCGACCAGCCCGAGGACCUCGGCGCGCAGCCCCCGUCUGACGGCAAUGCGGGCGGCGAGAGCGCCUCGCCCUGUCCAUCUCCCUCAGCCUCACCAGCCAAGGCGGCCGCCGCCGCAUCCCCUGCCGCUGUCGGCGGCGCUGACGCCGCCGCCCAGCUUCUGGACAGCGCCCGGCGCCUGCUGCCCCACGUGGAGCACCUGAGCGUGUCCGUGUACAGCCGCUGCCGGCAGCACGACUACCUGCUGAAGCACAUGCGCGCGCUGAGCAGGUGGAGCGGCCUCACAAGCCUUGACAUCAGCUGGGAGCCUGUCCCCGCUUCGCCCGAGGCUGGCACUGGCACUUGCAACGACGAUGCUGAUGUGGAGGACGAGGAGGAGGAGGGCGCGCCGCAGCAGAAGCAGCAGGGCAAGGCGGGCCGCCGCCGCAGCGGCAACGGCGCGCGCAGCUGCGACGGCGCCGCGCCUGCCCGGCUGCGCCGCACUGUGUUUGGGCCGCUGUGCCUGGGCGCUGUGGGCCUGAUGCGCGGCCUGCGGCGUCUGAGCAUCACCGCGGCGUUCGGCCGCAAGCACACGGGUCUGUUUGGUCUGGCGCAGCUGGAGCACCUCACACACCUGGAGCUGAGGCAGGCGCAGGAGAGCCACAAGCCGGCCUGGAGCUCCACCGACGCCAACCUUGCCGCACUCACGGCGCUGCGCUCGCUCACGGCGGACGCCGACAUCGUCUCCCCCACCGCCCUCAAGGCCCUGGGCCCCCACCUUACCCGCCUGGAGCUGUGCCGAUUCGACGCCGCCGGCUGCUAUGACCGCGUGGAGGAGGACAGCAGCAUAUGGUACAACAGCGCCGGGCUGGCGGACGCUCUCGAGGUGAUGAAGAACCUUCGCCAGUUCCGUCUGACUCUGGCGGACGCGGACACCUCGCCCGUCUUCGUCCCCAGCACCCGCACCAGCAACGUCCUCGACGUCCUGGCCGGCCUCCGCGCCCUCAGCGAGGCCCAGCGCGCCGCGGCGCCCCAGCCCGGCCCCGGCUCCCCCACCUCCUCCUCGCCCUUCUCCCUCGACCCCGCCACCUCCUCCUCCUCCUCCUCCGCUCCUGACGCCGUCGUCGACAUUGCGCUGGAUCUGGGGGAGCCCCUGGCGCCGCCGCGGCGGCCCGGCGAGCGCGGCAGCAGUCAUGUUUGCGGCGGCAGCGGCGGCGGUGCCCCUCAGGCGCUCCGUCUGGAGCUGAGUAUGGAGCUGGUGGAUGCGCUGGCGGCGCUGCCUGGGCUGAGCCGCUUGGAUGUGUGCUUCGGCAGCGGCGCGGCAGGCAACCUGCACCGGCUGAGCGAGCUGACGCGUCUCACGCACCUGGCGCUGCGCUGCGACCCCGACGGCGCGGUGGCGGCGGAGCUGCGGCCCUGGGACGCGCAGCGGCUGUGCACGGCGCUGGGCCCCCGCCUCCGCCGCCUGGAGCUGGCGCUGCCCGCCAGCUGCCUGACGGCCGAGGUGCUGAGCGGCUCCUUGGAGCUGCUGGUGGGGCUGCGGGCGCUGGUGCUGGCGGCGGACCCCCACGUGCGGCAGGUGCCGCUCAGCCGCUGGGAGCUGCGCGGCGAGCUGCUGACGGCGGCGGCGGCGCAGUGCGUGGGCACUGAGUGGGGCGCCGCGGUGGGUGCGGGUAACGGUGGCGGCGCGGCGGCUGGCGCCGCCGCGCCGUCUCCGGCGGUGCUUGCGGAGGUGAACGCGGCCCUGACGCCGCUGCUGUUCCUGCAAGAGCUGUUCACGGCGAUGGAGGACGUGGAGGGCGUGCGGCAGUCGCUGGAGGCGGAGGCGGAGUGGCGGACGCAGCACCUGCAGGAGGUGCACCGGCGGCUGGCGGCCGCGAAGGAGCAGGUGGCGGCGGCCGAGGAGGCGGUGGCGGCGGCGCAGGUGGCGGCGCUUGAGGCGCUGGCCGCUGCUGCUGCCGUUACCGCUGGGGAUGCCGUGGCGGCGGCGGAGCCUGCUGCGGCGUUGGCGGCCAUGCGGGCGGUGGAGGCGGCAGUGGAGGUGCUGCAUCAGGCGGGUGAGGAGAUGGCCGAGGCGGUGGCGGUGGCCGCUGCGGCGGCGGACAUGCCUCGCCUGCCUCACUGGGUGCUUGCGGACGAGCAGGUGGGGGGCGAGUGGGACCUGGCGGCCGCCGCCGCCCUCGCCUGGAUCUCGCCUGCCGCGUACAGCGAUGCGGCGGCGGCGCCCCCGCCGCCGCCGCCCGCGCCCCGGCCGCUAAACGAGCUCUCUAACGAGGAGCUGCACCAGCUGCGGCGCAUGUUGGUCCGGGAGGAGGCGGUGACGGGCCCCGUGUUCCGCAUGGGCGCCUGGCUCCCGCCGCGCAUUGAGGCACUCAGGCUGCGGGGCUUUGCGGGUGUGGAGGCGCCGCCGCCGCCGCGGCCGAAGCGGGCGCUGCCGGUGCUGCCGGCGCUUGCGGAGGUGUGCGUGGAGCUGCCGGACGCCGCGGCGGUGGCGGAGGCGGAGCGGGUGCUGCGGGAGCUGAGCGCGGCGGGGGUCACGGGCGCGGCACCGGCGCUGCGGGUGUGGCGAGCGGUGCAAGUGGGAGCGGCGGAUGCGGCCGCGGAGGCGGAGGUGGCGUCGUGAAGAGUGUUGGGUAGGUGGGUGCGGGUCACGGCCUGCUUUUGAUGCUGGGCGGUUACUGGGGCGCAAAACCUGCCCGCUUGAGAAGUGUCAUGGCGUUGUCGCAUAAGCGCAUCCGGGACAGCACUGCACUGCUAACGAUGAUGGCAGCAAGACACAACCGCUGAAUAUGUGCAGGAAGCAAGUUGGGAAGCAAUGAGCCCGAAGCAAAAGCAGCCAAACGCAGACGCACUUUCGUGGUUUUCUGCGCUUGCGUGAUGCGCGAUACCGUUAUCUCUCUAUAGGGGCCGACACGGCCCCUCAGAGUCUAGAUACUAGAAGAGCGUGAAACUCGUAGCCGCAUAAACAAUCUUGACGUUGAGGAGGUUAGGAAGUGCAUGACUGGCCGUGCGGGACACAGUGAGUCGGCGCCAGCAGUGAUCGAAGCCAUAGGUUGCAAUUUGCAGGAUGCGUGCAUUUCAUUUCGGUUGUGGGCUGCAGGAACCUCCAGAUGCGCUGUGUACGUAGCUACCUGUGUGCGCGCAAGCUGGCGUCAGUGCGCCUGCAUGUCAGGGGGUAAGAUGGUGGCAGGUUUAGGCAAAGAUAUUAUCGCGCGACACAGAGCCGUCAGAGAGACAACGCAUUUUAGGAUAGCGGUUGUAGAAUGUUUCGGCGCGCAGAAGCUGUCGAGAGAGCGGGAGAGUGCAGGGUAGAGUGUGCGGUUAGGCUGUGCGAGUGCGGCUGCGCGGGUAUGAGAGAGCGUCGCGCCCGUUUGUUGCGCGGGUGGUUCGUUGCGCUCCGCCCCAAAACCAGCGCAGGCGUCCCCGAUAACCAGCAGCAACAGGCACGCCCUGGGUUAACUCAAGCAAGGCGCAAGGGAUUGUAAGGCGCGAGGAAA